UUUAGCGAUAGCUGCAGCUAGCAAGCCAUCCUUAGCUAGCUAUUUUGCAAGGUUAACCAUCUGGAUAAGCGAUCAAAAUUAAACAUUAACGUUUAAUUUAAGAGCUCGACUGUGGUCGCUGCCAUCGGUUGUGAUACUGUCAAAGCAGAAAGACACAUUCUACAAAGCAGUGCCUAUUCGGAUAGUGAAAGAUGAGUUCUCAGCCAUUUUCUACAGCUGGAAUGCCUGCUCAGAGUAAUCCUGGUGGAAAGCCGGUCUCUAUCAAUCAGUCAUCCAACCAGACAGCAGGACCAGGUGAGGACAGUAGUGGUGAUGUGGACCACCAUGGUCCCCAGGACCUCCCAGCCAGCAGCAGGGGAGGACAAGAAGCCCUGUCGUUCAGAGAAGACAAGCAGGAGACUGGAGUGGUCAGACCCUACCCUCAGGUCCCGGUUCAGACCCACAGCCUGCAGUCCCAGGUCCCAGCUCUGUCCCAGCAGGUGCCCAACAAGGCGGGUACACCUGGUCAACCUGUCACCGUGUCCAACCUUCCUGUCCAACUACUGCAGGCCCAGCCUGCUGCCCUCGUCGACGGGCAAAUGAAGGCUGCCCUGAAAUCGCUGGUGCCCAGCCGUCUCAUCGCCCCAGCCUCCAGCCAGGUCCAGGGGGGCCACAUCCCUCUCCCCCUGCCCCCCAAGGUGCAGCCUGCCCUGCUUGGCCACAUCACUGUCACCCUGGAGAGCCACAUGGUUCCCACCUCCUCCAUCCCUGUGGCAACCAUCAGUGGACAACAGGGCCACUCCAGUAAUCGGCAUCACCUCAUGCCAGCUAAUAUCCAGAUCAUUAGGGCUCCUUCUGUUCCUCAACACACAUUCAGUUCUCACCUACCCAGAGGGGCGGUGGCUGCAGCAGUGAUGUCCAGCUGUAAAGGGCCUGCUGUUCUCAGACCAGCAUCAGGGGCCAGUGUAGGCCCUGUUCAGCACACUGUACAUCACAUCACCCACCAGUCUAUCCAGUCUCGUUCCCCUGUCACAAGUUCUACAGCAGUGGCCCCUAUCUCAGCCACCCGGAACCAGUCCCCUGUCACAAGCUCUACAGCAGUGGCCCCCAUCUCAGCCACCCGGAACCAGUCCCCUGUCACAAGUUCUACAGCAGUGGCCCCCAUCUCAGCCACCCGGAACCAGUCCCCUGUCACAAGCUCUACUGCAGUGGCCCCUAUCUCAGCCACCCGGAACCAGUCCCCUGUCACAAGCUCUACAGCAGUGGCCCCUAUCUCAGCCACCCGGAACCAGUCCCCUGUCACAAGCUCUACUGCAGUGGCCCCUAUCUCAGCCACCCGGAACCAGUCCCCUGUCACAAGCUCUACAGCAGUGGCCCCUAUCUCAGCCACCCGGAACCAGUCCCCUGUCACAAGCCCUACAGCAGUGGCCCCUAUCUCAGCCACCCGGAACCAGUCCCCUGUCACAAGCUCUACAGCAGUGGCUCCUAUCUCAGCCACCCGGAACCAGUCCCCUGUCACAAGCUCUACAGCAGUGGCUCCUAUCUCAGCCACCCAGAACCAGCCCCCUGUCAUCAACCCAACAUUCACCCAGUCUGCAGAGGUGCUGCAUGGGCAUCCAGGGCUGACCAUCCACCCUCCUCCUGCCACCAUCAGUAUCCAGCGUCACCAGGGAGCCAGGGACACAGCCACACGCAUCACCCUGCCCUCCCACCCUGCUAUAGGGGGGCAGAAACCCCAGCCCCCCCACACCAUGACACAGAAAUCCAUCUCCUGUUCUGGGACUCCGGUGGCUGCAGCAACUGUGGCACCUAUUCUAACCAACACUGUUCCAGGCACAACCACUACAGGCACUGCGCCACACACCCAGGUGACCAGCGGUACUAUCAUCACCAUGACGAUGCCCUCCCACUCCUCCCACGCCACAGCACUGACCACCUCUACCAUCCCAGUUGCUAAAGUGGUGCCUCAGCCCAUAGCCCACACCUCCCCCCGUGUCCAGUCAGACUACCUUGGAGAAAGGACCAACCUGAUCCAGCCUAUAGCCCACACCUCUCCCCAUGUCCAAUCAGACUACCAGCCCAUAGCCCACACCUCCCCCCGUGUCCAAUCAGAUUACCCUGUAGAGAGGACCAACUUGAUCUCCAUCUCUGGCAACCGCUCGUCUCCUAACCCUGUCACCAUCGAGGCCAGGAGUGACAACAGGCCGGUGCAUUUCCAGUACUUCCUGCCUACUUUUUCUUCUUCUCCGUACCCCCGGACACACACCUACACCCCCAUCGCCAGCUCCGUGUCCACCGUCAGACAGUACCCAGUGACGCCCCAGACCCCUAGCUCUACUCUGCCCAGCCAGCCUGCUGUGGCCGUGCCCACUACCCUUCACCUCAACCCCAUGCAGCUGAUGGCCGUCGACAGGAUUGGUUUACAGUCUGCACAAAUCAGCACCCAGGGAAUCCAGCCUCAACCAAUGGGAGCCCAGGGCAUCCAGCCUGCACCAAUGGGAGUGCAGGGGUUACAUAGCUCUGGUCCAAUCGGCACACAGGGGAUUCAGCAGGCACCAAUCGCAGGGCAGCAGCCUGAGGCCAAACCAUCUGGGAUGGUAUUGGCUGACGGCAGCCCGUUUGUAGCUGGCCCUAUGGGCAGCCCGUUUGGCGCCACACAGCCCGUUGCUACCAUGGUACAGACACACCCCCAGGGCGGAGUUGGAGGCGGAGCGCUCACCUUGGUCUCCUCCCCUCGACCCAGCAUCCUCCGCAAGAAGCCAGCCAAUGAGGGGUGUGUUGUCGGUAAGACUCUGAUCCCGGCUAUGCCUGGUGAGGCUCACAGCGGCAGAGUGGAGGGAGGAGUGAGAGGAGCAGGACAACCAAGAGCUGCAGGAGUGAAGCCUAAAGCAGAGGUUCACAUGACCAUGGUGGCUCCUCCAGUCCUAGUCAUGGCUGCAGUGGAGGCUCUACCCUCUCAGGGAAGAGCGGAGCGACAGACGGUCUCUUCCCCAGCCCAGCAGCAUCUAUCCCAGGCUAUCCCCUCCAACCUGCUGGCCCCCCGUGGUCCUCCACCCCCCUCCCAGCCCAGCUCCACUGCCCACCUCUCUGCCCUGCCGGCUGCCAUGGCCGUGACACCCACUGGCCCCGCCUCCAUGGCCAAUACUGUCGCCUCCCCCACCCAGCCCGCAGCCAGUAGCACGGCAGCAUGCAGCGGAGGUUCCGCCCACACAGAUGUCAAAAUCAAGCAGGAGGCGGAGUCUAUGGAGAUGUAUCAACCAGUGCCCCAGCCCUCGGCGAACUCGGGCCUCAGCACCCAGCCCCACCUGGCCGGGUCCCUUCACGGGGCCCCCUCCUCAGGGGACCUGGUUCCUGGUGCCUCCCCCAGGAAGAAGCCUCGCAAGCAGCAACACGUCAUUUCCACAGAAGAGACUGAGAUGUUGGAGACCAACAGUACAGAUGAGGACAGGGCUAUGGGCCACAGGCCCCUGGGCAGCAGGGCUAAGAGGAGAGAGUCCCCUCCCAGGGAGUAUGUGGAUGAGGAAGGGGUACGUUACGUCCCUGUCAGGCCACGCCCACCUGUCACUUUGCUGCGUCACUAUAGGAACCCCUGGAAGGCGGCCUAUCACCACUUCCAGAGGUACAGCGACAUCCGGAUCAAAGAGGAGAAGGAGUCGUUACAGGACGUGGCCAACCAGAGAGGAGUAGCACGGCGAGCUCAGGGAUGGAGGAUGCACUUGUGUGUUGCUCAGCUCAUGCAGCUGUCAAACCUGGAGCAUGAUGUCUAUGGCAGACUGACGUCCCUCCAGGAGGGGCUGAUCCCUAAGAAGAGGGCCGGGGUCGACAACGAGCUGCACCGCAUUAACGAACUCAUACAGGGUAACAUGCAGCGCUGUAAGCUAGUGAUGGACCAGGUUACAGAGGCCCGGGACACUAUGAUGAAAGUUCUGGACCACAAAGACAAGGUCCUAAAGCUACUCAACCAGAACGGAGAUGUCAAAAAGUCUAACAAACUGAAACGUAAGGAUCGGGCCUAGCCCGGGCUUCCUGCUCCAUCACCAACGUAAGGAUCGGGCCUAGCCCGGGCUUCCUGCUCCAUCACCAACGUAAGGAUCGGGCCUAGCCCGGGCUUCCUGCUCCAUCACCAACGUAAGGAUCGGGCCUAGCCCGGGCUUCCUGCUCCAUCACCAACGUAAGGAUCGGGCCUAGCCCGGGCUUCCUGUUCCAUCACCAACGUAAGGAUCGGGCCUAGCCCGGGCUGUUCCAUCACCAACAUAGGGAUCGGGCCUAGCCCGGGCUUCCUGCUCCAUCACCAACGUAAGGAUCGGGCCUAGCCCGGGCUUCCUGCUCCAUCACCAACGUAAGGAUCGGGCCUAGCCCGGACUUCCUGCUCCAUCACCAACGUCAUGGAUCUGUUCGUUAGAGCAAUGUUUUUCAAACGUUUUCUUGAUUUGCAACUGAAGAAGAAAAUGUAAACGUUUCUCAGUGGACAAGUCAAGGGGGGGGUGUAGUCUCUCCCUGUUUGUGUUUGUUUUCUGCUGCUUAUGUGCCUAAUGAACACGACCCACCUCUGCCCUAGCGCUACGGGACGACAGGGUGGAAGAUCUGCUGGGAGCUAGAGGUGGAACUGUUGGUACUAUGACAGCUACUCAACCACACCCUCUAUCUCUGUCUGAGCACUGAAGCUGGGUGGGUGGACAACCUCACUAGAACCCUCCUGUUGCUUAAGUCUGAACUCACUGUCUGGAAAGAAAUCCCUCUAGGAAUGUGUUCUCACUGAAGAAGACUCAACACUGUGUCUUACAAAUGGCACCCUAUUCCCUAUAUAGUGCACUACUUUUGAUCAGAGCCCUAUGGAACCCUAUUCCCUAUAUAGUGCACUACUUUUGACUAGAGCCCUAUGGAACCCUAUUCCCUAUAUAGUGCACUACUUUAGACCUGAGCCCUAUGGAACCCUAUUCCCUAUAUAGUGCACUACUUUUGACCAGAGCCCUAUAGAACCCUAUUCCCUACAUAGUGCACUACUUUUGACCAGAGCCCUAUGUGUCCUGAACAAAAGUAGUGCACUAUAAAAGGGAAUAGGGUGCCAUUUGGAAGAUAACACUGCCUGAUGGCCCCUUCUUUUUGUUUUACUUUUUACAGAGCUCAGGUCUUAUCGGUUUUCCUAUUUUAGAGUUUAUUUUGGUAUUAUUUUGGUAUUCAGUUCAAGUUACUUCUUGUCAAAAAGCAGAGGUUGAACGGAAUCUCAAAAACACUUACAAACUUCAAACGCGUUGUAGGAAUUGGAAUUGGUAACAUCGUCAUGUGAAAGGGGGAAAACCAAGGCUGUAACGCAUCGUAUGAAGUGGAUGGCGUUGCUCAACAAUGUCUUGCUUUGGGGGGGGGGGCGUUACUUUCACAACUACUGGCAGAAAUAAAACCUUCGUCACGCAUCUUUAAAAUACCGCUGUAUUUAUUUAGAACUUCCUGUUUCCAUGUUCAGCAUUUAUAUGGUCUUGCCCGUGUGAUUUUACGAUGUGGUGCCAGAUGCCAAUUUUUGUUUCAAUAUUUAAUAUUUCUUAUCAUGGAAGACGGGGCACAACAGACUUAAUUGUACUGUAUGUGUUAUGUGUAUAUUAAUGAUGAUGAAAAUAUUGACGGAGUGUUUGUUAUUUUUCAGAUAUUUAUUUGAUAAUGAAUGAGUCUGUAUAAUAGAGAGUUUUACAUGCAGAGAUGUUUUGAAAUGGCUGACUAGCAUAGUGGGUAAUGUUUUGAAAUGGCUGACUAGCAUAGUGGGUAAUGUAUUGAAAUGGCUGACUAGCAUAGUGGGUAAUGUAUUGAAAUGGCUGACUAGCAUAGUGGGUAAUGUAUUGAAAUGGCUGACUAGCAUAGUGGGUAAUGUAUUGAAAUGGCUGACUAGCAUAGUGGGUAAUGUUUUGAAAUGGCUGACUAGCAUAGUGGGUAAUGCUUUGAAAUGGCUGACUAGCAUAGUGGGUAAUGCAUUGAAAUGGCUGACUAGCAUAGUGGGUAAUGCGUUGAAAUGGCUGACUAGCAUAGUGGGUAAUGUAUUGAAAUGGCUGACUAGCAUAGUGGGUAAUGUUUUGAAAUGGCUGACUAGCAUAGUGAGUAAUGUAUUGAAAUGGCUGAUGAGCAUAGUGGGUAAUGUUUUGAAAUGGCUGACGAGCAUAGUGGGUAAUGUAUUGAAAUGGCUGACGAGCAUAGUGGGUAAUGUAUUGAAAUGGCUGACUAGUAUAGUGGGUAAUGGCUGACGAGCAUAGUGGGGUAAUGGCUGACGAGCAUAGUGGGUAAUGUUUUGAAAUGGCUGACUGGGAUAGUGGGUAAUGUAUUGAAAUGGCUGACUAGCAUAGUGGGUAAUGUAUUGAAAUGGCUGACUAGCAUAGUGGGUAAUGUAUUGAAAUGUCUGACUAGCAUAGUGGGUAAUGUAUUGAAAUGGCUGACUAGCAUAGUGGGUAAUGUAUUGAAAUGGCUGACUAGCAUAGUGGGUAAUGUAUUGAAAUGGCUGACUAGCAUAGUGGGUAAUGUUUUGAAAUGCUGACUAGCAUAGUGGGUAAUGUUUUGAAAUGGCUGACUAGCAUAGUGGGUAAUGCUUUGAAAUGGCUGACUAGCAUAGUGGGUAAUGCAUUGAAAUGGCUGACUAGCAUAGUGGGUAUUGCAUUGAAAUGGCUGACUAGCAUAGUGGGUAAUGCGUUGAAAUGGCUGAUGAGCAUAGUGGGUAAUGUAUUGAAAUGUCUGACGAGCAUAGUGGGUAAUGUAUUGAAAUGUCUGACGAGCAUAGUGGGUAAUGUAUUGAAAUGGCUGACUAGCAUAGUGGGUAAUGUAUUGAAAUGUCUGACGAGCAUAGUGGGUAAUGUAUUGAAAUGUCUGACGAGCAUAGUGGGUAAUGUAUUGAAAUGGCUGACUAGCAUAGUGGGUAAUGUUUUGAAAUGGCUGACGAGCAUAGUGGGUAAUGUAUUGAAAUGUCUGACUAGCAUAGUGGGUAAUGUAUUGAAAUGGCUGACUAGCAUAGUGGGUAAUGUUUUGAAAUGGCUGAUGAGCAUAGUGGGUAAUGUAUUGAAAUGGCUGACUAGCAUAGUGGGUAAUGUAUUGAAAUGGCUGACUGGGAUGGUGGGUGAUGUAUUGAAAUGGCUGACUAGCAUAUUGAAAUGGCUGACUGGGAUAGUGGGUAAUGUAUUGAAAUGUCUGACGAGCAUAGUGGGUAAUGUAUUGAAAUGUCUGACGAGCAUAGUGGGUAAUGUAUUGAAAUGUCUGACGAGCAUAGUGGGUAAUGUAUUGAAAUGUCUGACUAGCAUAGUGGGUAAUGUUUUGAAAUGGCUGACUGGGAUGGUGGGUAAUGUAUUGAAAUGGCUGACGAGCAUAGUGGGUAAUGUAUUGAAAUGGCUGACUAGCAUAGUGGGUAAUGUUUUGAAAUGGCUGACUGGGAUGGUGGGUAAUGUAUUGAAAUGGCUGACGAGCAUAUUAAAAUGGCUGACUGGGAUAGUGGGUAAUGUUUUGAAAUGGCUGACUGGGAUGGUGGGUAAUGUAUUGAAAUGGCUGACGAGCAUAGUGGGUAAUGUUUUGAAAUGGCUGACUAGCAUAGUGAGUAAUGUAUUGAAAUGGCUGACUAGCAUAGUGGGUAAUGUUUUGAAAUGGCUGACGAGCAUAGUGGGUAAUGUAUUGAAAUGGCUGACGAGCAUAGUGGGUAAUGUAUUGAAAUGGCUGACUAGCAUAGUGGGUAAUGUUUUGAAAUGGCUGACUAGCAUAGUGGGUAAUGUAUUGAAAUGGCUGACUAGCAUAGUGGGUAAUGUUUUGAAAUGGCUGACGAGCAUAGUGGGUAAUGUAUUGAAAUGGCUGACUAGCAUAGUGGGUAAUGUUUUGAAAUGGCUGACUAGCAUAGUGAGUAAUGUAUUGAAAUGGCUGACUAGCAUAGUGGGUAAUGUUUUGAAAUGGCUGACGAGCAUAGUGGGUAAUGUAUUGAAAUGGCUGACGAGCAUAGUGGGUAAUGUAUUGAAAUGGCUGACGAGCAUAGUGGGUAAUGUAUUGAAAUGGCUGACUAGUAUAGUGGGUAAUGGCUGACGAGCAUAGUGGGGUAAUGGCUGACGAGCAUAGUGGGUAAUGUUUUGAAAUGGCUGACUGGGAUAGUGGGUAAUGUAUUGAAAUGGCUGACUAGCAUAGUGGGUAAUGUAUUGAAAUGGCUGACUAGCAUAGUGGGUAAUGUAUUGAAAUGUCUGACUAGCAUAGUGGGUAAUGUAUUGAAAUGGCUGACUAGCAUAGUGGGUAAUGUAUUGAAAUGGCUGACUAGCAUAGUGGGUAAUGUAUUGAAAUGGCUGACUAGCAUAGUGGGUAAUGUUUUGAAAUGCUGACUAGCAUAGUGGGUAAUGUUUUGAAAUGGCUGACUAGCAUAGUGGGUAAUGCUUUGAAAUGGCUGACUAGCAUAGUGGGUAAUGCAUUGAAAUGGCUGACUAGCAUAGUGGGUAUUGCAUUGAAAUGGCUGACUAGCAUAGUGGGUAAUGCGUUGAAAUGGCUGACUAGCAUAGUGGGUAAUGUAUUGAAAUGGCUGACUAGCAUAGUGGGUAAUGUUUUGAAAUGGCUGACUAGCAUAGUGGGUAAUGUAUUGAAAUGGCUGACUAGCAUAGUGGGUAAUGUAUUGAAAUGGCUGACUAGCAUAGUGGGUAAUGUAUUGAAAUGGCUGACGAGCAUAGUGGGUAAUGUAUUGAAAUGGCUGACUAGCAUAGUGGGUAAUGUUUUGAAAUGGCUGACUGGGAUAGUGGGUAAUGUAUUGAAAUGGCUGAUGAGCAUAGUGGGUAAUGUAUUGAAAUGUCUGACGAGCAUAGUGGGUAAUGUAUUGAAAUGUCUGACGAGCAUAGUGGGUAAUGUAUUGAAAUGGCUGACUAGCAUAGUGGGUAAUGUUUUGAAAUGGCUGACGAGCAUAGUGGGUAAUGUAUUGAAAUGUCUGACUAGCAUAGUGGGUAAUGUAUUGAAAUGGCUGACUAGCAUAGUGGGUAAUGUUUUGAAAUGGCUGACUAGCAUAGUGGGUAAUGUUUUGAAAUGGCUGACUGGGAUGGUGAGUAAUGUAUUGAAAUGUCUGCCUGGGAUAGUGGGUAAUGUUUCAUGGUGUGAUUGAAGACCGUACAUUAUGCGUUUGGUUUUAGAAGGAAGUAUUGUGCUUGUCGUGUAACUACAAUGAAACGGAUUUGUGUUCAAAAUAUAACAAGUUGUAUAUGAAAGUGUUUUAACUUUUUUAAAUUUUUGUUCCAUUGUCUCUUUUGGCUAAUUUUAGGGGUUUUGUACUUCAUGAAAACAUGUUACGUUUCUUUUUUCAGAUGUUAUGAUCAGACACUUUGGGCCUGAAAAUUCAGCUGUUGUACAUGAGUUCUCUGUUAUUCUAGUAAAACCACUUCAAGGAAA